AUGAAUUUCCUGAUGCGUACCACCACGCACGUGUACUCCGAUAGGGAAAAGCCUUCGUCCACGACAGCCACAGCUCCGACUCCGACGACUCCAGAGCCCCGCGUCGACGGCACGUCAUCUUUGGAGAGUCUCAUCUCCGAGGACCCCUAUGCCCAAGUCGACCACUUUGACGGAGGUGUCGAUGGCGAAAACGGCGCCAUCGCUUCCAAUUCCAAAAACGACGCCUCCCUUUUCGCUAUGCACUCUGAUGUUUCUGAAGACGAAGGAUGGAUCACUAUUCCUUACAAGGAACUUCCUGAAGACUGGAAUCAUGUGUCAGAUAUGCAGUUCUUUCGCUCCCUAGAUCGUUCCUUUCUCUUUCCUGGUGAACAAGUUCAGAUCCUAGUGUGCCUUUCUGCUUGUAAGAAGGAUACGGAGAUUAUUACUCCAUUUAAAGUUGCUGCUAUGAUGAGUAAAAGUGUCAUGAGUCACGGUCAUGACAAAGAAAAUGGAAAUGUUGAAAACAGAAAUGAUUUAGUAUCAGGAGAAGAGCAAUUGAAACCUAGUAGACAAGAGCAGAAAGAGGAAACCCUGGAAAAAGUGAAGAUUAAUCACCCGGCAGAUGCUUCUGCUGGUGAAUCCCUUUUAAGGAUGGAGGUUCACAAAAGACAAACUGCAUUGUUGCUACAAAAAUUUGAGAAUUCUCAUUUCUUUGCCAGGAUUUCUGAGGCUGAUGAGCCGCUUUGGUCCAAACGAGGUUCUUCAGAAAAGUCCAACUCCUUUGAACUCAAUGAGCAAAGGAUCUCAUCAUUUGAAAUUAAAGAAACUGCAAAAAAUGCAUCUUCUAUUAGUGCAGUUAUUGAUAGAGCAAAUUUUGAUGCAACUAUUUGUGGUGGAGUGGCAAGAAAUUCAGUCAAGUGUUGUGCCCUACCAAAUGGAGAUAUAGUGGUUCUUUUACAGGUGAAUGUUGGUGUUGAUUUUCUUAAAGACCCUUGUAUAGAAAUUCUCCAAUAUGAAAAGUAUGAGGAGAAAAUAUUGUCUUAUGAUAACCAGGACAAUUCAGUUCACACACAUCAGGAUCCCUGUGGUGCUCUAUUAAGAUGGAUACUUCCAUUAGACAACACUCUCCCUCCUGCUUCUCAUUCGAUACCUCCUCCUCAGUUUUCUUCAAAUUCAGGAGUCAGUAACACCUCUCAGAGGUCCAAUGUUUCAGCAUCAUCUGGCUCUCAAUUAUUUUCCUUUGGCAGCCAUUUUAGAAGUUACUCCAUGUCAGCAUUACCCCAAAAUACAAAUCCACCAACCGCUCCUUUAAAAGCAGCUAGUUCUAAGCCAAACUUUGAAAUUGAAGAUUGGGAUCAAAUCUCAUCUCAGAAAUUUUUAAGGAAAAAAAAUGGAGUUGAACUUUUAUCUUUUCGAGGUGUCUCAUUGGAGCGUGAAAGGUUUUCAGUUUGCUGUGGAUUAGAAGGUAUCUACACACCUGGAAGAAGGUGGAGAAGGAAAUUUGAAAUAAUACAACCAGUAGAGAUUCAUUCCUUUGCAGCUGACUGCAACUCAGAGGAUCUUCUGUGUGUUCAGAUAAAGAAUGUUGCUCCUGCACAUGUUCCAGAUAUUGUGAUAUUUAUAGAUGCCAUAACAAUAGUUUUUGAAGAGGCUACAAAAAGCGGACCACCAUCAUCAUUACCAAUUGCAUGUAUUGAAGCUGGAAACAACCAUUCUUUACCAAAUUUAGCCCUCAGUUGCAUAUGCUUGUUCCAUAAUGCCAUUAAUAGAAUACACUUCCCUUCCCUCGUGCAGAUUUGGGGGAAAUGCUUUUUAACUUUUGGACAAGAAGUUGCUGAUUACAGGAGAGGUGAAGAACAUUCUUUCAUCCUUAAACCUGCAGCUUCAAUGUGGAAAAAUAUUAAGGCUCAAGAUGAUGGCUCUCAGUUUUCAAAGUUGCAAUCUCAAAAUCUAGCACCAAAAUCAAGUGUUUCCUCUAAGAGUCCUGACAGAACAAAGAUCGCUUCAAUUGGCAAUCAGUAUGCCAUUAUGGUGUCUUGUCGAUGCAACUAUACUGCAUCAAGGUUAUUCUUUAAGCAAGCAACCAGUUGGCGACCACGAACGUUGAGGGAUAUUAUAAUCUCUGUUGCAUCCGAGAUUUCAGGAGAGUCUCCUGGAUCUUGUGAAAGAAAUUCUCAACUUCCUGUGCAGGUUUUAACUCUUCAAGCUUCAAAUUUGACAUCUGAAGAUUUAACUUUGACCGUGCUCGCUCCAGCCUCAUUCACUUCACCCCCAUCAGUUGUCUCUCUGAGUUCACCCACCAGUCCAAAUAGUCCUUUUAUUGGUUUCACAGAGUUUUUAGGAAGGAUAAAUGGUGAAAGACAUGUUGGUGCCACUCAGAGAGGGAGCUUUACUUCUCUUUUAAAAGAAAACGAGAAACAAGAUGAUGUCAGACCUCCGUCAGUUUCAAUGAAUGAUGAUGUCAUCCCUAGUUCUGGCCUCAGUUGUACACAUCUUUGGCUGCAGAGUAGAGUUCCACUUGGAUGUAUCCCAUCUCAGUCAACAGCCACCAUUAAGCUUGAGCUACUUCCAUUGACCGAUGGCAUAAUUGCACUUGACUCUUUGCAAAUUGAUGUCAUGGAAAAAGGUGCUACCUACAUCCCUGAGCGGUCGCUAAAGAUAAAUGCAACAUCAAGCAUUUCCAAGGGAAUUAUUUAA